GCGAUUCGAAAAUAUUGGUUAUUUGUGGUCGCUGGUUGAUGCUGUAAUUGUGGCUGAAUGCAGAUAUAGGCAACCGCUAAAAGAUUUUUUAUUUUAUUCAACAUGAUAAAGGAAACGGUGAAGUCUUUAUUUGAACAUAAUCGGAAAAGCUCAGAAGCAGAGGACAGCACCUAUAAUUACAUAGAGGAUAAGACACUGCCCUUGAAUAAAACUGGGCAUACGGAGAGUAGAGCUACACGCGGCAGCGGUUCAUAUGACCAUAUAGAAGAAAGAAUAUCCGAACCUAAGAACGCUGGUGGACCUGACGCCCAAAAAUCUUCUCUUUCGGCUUUACUGAAAACUGGAUCGCAGCGGUCUACAUUGUUUGUACAACAAUUACUCAUACAAAUCACCUUGCUCCUUAUGCUUUGCGUGAAUAUUGCUCUAAUUGUGGUGGUCUCUGUCCAUAUGCCAAGGAAGAUCGACGGCGAAGAACCAAACAACGAUAACCCUCUAAACCUGCAAUCGCCAAAACAGAUCGAAAAUGGUGCUUCGAAAUAUGAGGGAUACAAGGACGUGGUCAAACUUUUCAAAUCGAUCAUAGACACAAAAGCCAAUCCAUGUGAAGAUUUUUAUCAAUACACAUGCGGAAAUCUGCAAGGAGACAUGAGUUUUGUAAACUCUGAUUACGAUAACUUCCACAAUAUGAUCGAGCAGUUCAAAAAUAGGAGCUAUAUCGACAAAGCGCCUGAACCAGUGAAGAUGAUGUCGAGAUAUUUUGAGAAGUGUGUGGCUGCGCGCACAAACUGGAAUGAACUAACCAAGGAUGCUAAGGUGGUGAUGGCAGCUAUCAAGCGCCUUGCAGGAGGUAAUGGCGACUAUCCAGACACUAAGUACCCUUUCUACAUGCUUUAUCAGAACACACAAGAAAGCGAAGCUCUCACGCCAAAUGGCCUUGCGUUUUUACUAGGUAAUACGAUUGGAAUGGAUGGUGUUGCAAGCCUCGUUCAAGCUAUGGUCGACAUCAAUUGGAAAGAUCAUAAUGGCGGGGAUGGGAAUAAGUUCUUCUUGGAUCAGCCCGACACUCUGAUACCAUACAAGUAUCAUAUCAGGGCAUGGGAUACGGCUAAACAGAGUAUCAUGGAGACCCUCAAAAGUAUCAUGAACCGCAUCGCUAAUUCACAAGGAAUAACUUUGAUUGAGGACAAACUGAAUUUUUAUCUCAACGAAGUUUUGGAAUUUGACCACGUUUUGGCUACAAAAUACAGCACUGACGAUACGACACGUCGUAGUUUCGAGAGAAGCUUCAACACAAUGACGCUCCAAGAACUUCAAGAGAGAUAUGAUAAGAUAAACUGGAAGCUUUUUAUCUCGGAGGUUCGUUAG